AUGUUGCACACCCGAUUAGGCAUUGAGUGGAGUGGCGCGAUGGAGUGGAGAGUGGAGGAUGCGUGGAGAGUCGGAAAGCUGACUUUUUUGCGACUAGGAGCCUUUCUAUCGUCUCUACAGCUCCACCGCGACGGACCACUUCUACACCGCCUCUGCGACCCAAUUAAACAAUGCUGUGAGCAGCCGUUCGAGUCGGUGGGACGCACGAAUGAGACGGAGCACGGGAGUGCGCCGGUUGCAGGAGGGGAUAGAGGCGAAGGUGUCGUGGGCCUGACGAUAAACCCAGAUGAGCUAAGCGGCACACUCAGCGGCGCUCUGAACGGAGCAGAACCUGUAUUCCAUCUAUCAAACAUGUUACCCGACGACGCUGCGCGGCUGAUAGCUGAGAGUGUUUUUGGACUUUAUGUAAUAGUUCUAGCCAUCGUUGUUGUUGUUGUUGUUUGUGACACUGGGAAGGUGCGCCCCAAGUUCACUGUGGAAGCGAAGGUACAAGGAUCCAGUGAAGAAGAGGGCAAGGGAAAAGAGAGAGAGGGAAGGGGGCGAGCGAUUCGGGAUGCCUACCCAUCGUUUGAGCACAAUACUUCCCCUGCCAUGUCCUCAGCAGCAGAUCUCUUGCAGCAGAUCAUCCUCGAAGACCGGUCAUGUUUUGAUUUCUUGGAGUUCAUCGCAAAACCCGAGCUGAUGAUUAUCUCUGUAGCUCUAUGGCUAGUCGAUUUUUUUGACACCCUAACAAUGGAGAUCGAGGCCGCGUGGAAAGGGAGAAUGACAGGGACUGCAAUAAUCUUCAUUGUGAACCGCUAUGCAUUCGCAGGAAACCUCAUCGUUCAACUUGUAUUUCAGAAGCCUGGUCUUGCGUCUAAUAAAACCUCUCUCUAUACCGCGCUUUCAUGGCUGUCGAUCACUGCACUUGUGGCUACAAACCUAUUGUUCAGCCUGAGAAUCUACGCCCUGUGUGGCCGGAACAAAGUGAUUCUUACCAUAGGAUUGAUCAUGAUAAUUGCCAGACUCGCUGUUGACACUUGGGCAACUCUGACCCAAGCUCUUUUGAUCGCCCAAAUCGUAGUCGUAGUCAUGCCUCUCCUUUUCGACUCAUAUGUGUUCGGAGUAACACUUUUCAAAACAUACCACCAGGCGAAGGAAAUGCGUGAGCUCAAACAAAGAAGCAUCACUGAGCUUCUCCUUCGUGACGGUACUACUCUUGUUGUGUUCGCAGUCUCGGCCGCAAAUCUUGCUCUUAAUUUGAUUUCAUUAAACGAAAACACUUCCGAUGCUGUGUAUCUGUUGUCGAGCAGUCUAACUCCGUACUUCGCAGUUGCUUUAGGAGAGCCUGCGUUUGCUCAGAACCGCUUUCUCGGUAACAUCGGGGAGCCUCUUGACCCCGACUGGUGGAACACUCAAUUCGACCACAGUGACGAUACUGCACCGGAUGGAAAUAUGGCAGAUGCCUCGGAGACGACGGAUAUUCGGGAUAGAAAUACUACACUGGUCCCUGUGGUCUACGGUGGGGGAAGCCAGGGAGAAAUAGAGAUGGUUCCGCUUCAAAGAGAACCACCCGUUGCGGGUCUGUCAAGCUCUUCCGCAGAUAUGGCUUAG